AUGGCGACAAAAGUACAGAAGAUUAUGGUACAGCCCAUAAACUUGAUCUUCAAGUACCUGCAAAAUAAAACACGAGUACAGAUCUGGUUAUUCGAGCAAGUAGAUCUUAGAAUUGAAGGACAAAUAAUCGGCUUUGACGAGUUUAUGAAUUUGGUGCUUGAUAAUGCGGAAGAAGUCAACAGCAAGAAGAGCACGCGGAAGGGUUUAGGUUCCAGAUAUACAAAUAUAUAA